AUGGUUGGUAGGGUUGCACAUGGGUCAGAACCAGUUUAUGUUUCUUUCCAUGAUGAAGAAUGGGGAGUCCCCAUUCAUGAUGACAGAAAGCUGUUUGAGCUGCUUGUUUUGUCUGAAGCAUUAGCUGAAUUCAGCUGGCCAGCUAUUCUGAACAAGCGAGACUUGUUAAGGAAGUUGUUCAACGAUUUUGACCCAUGUUCUGUCGCUCAAUUCGCUGAAAAAAAGAUUCCUUCACUCAAAUCAAGUGGCAGCACUUUGUUAUCAGAACAGAAGAUGCGGGCAGUUGUAGAGAAUGCAAGGCAAAUGCUUAAGGUGAUUGAGGAAUUCGGUUCUUUUAACAACUAUUGCUGGAGUUUUGUGAACCACAAGCCGAUCAUAAAUGGAUUCCGCUACGCCCGUCAAGUGCCUGUCAAGACUCCCAAAGCCGAAGCCAUGAGCAAGGACCUGAUGCAAAGGGGCUUCCGCUGUGUUGGACCAACUGUGAUCUAUUCUUUUAUGCAAGCAGCAGGCAUAGUUAAUGACCAUCUUUCUAGCUGCUUCAGAUUUGAAGAAUGCAUCGGUUCAUGCUCUAAAGAAUCCAGGACGAACACUGAAUCGAUGACAUUGGGAAAAGGCUUGACCAAGAAAUGCUCAUUACAGGAUUAAGCGAGCAUUUAUCAAGCAGACUGCACUUAACAAGUUCAGUUCAGCAGGUAUCUGUUUUUGGCUGUAUCAUCUCAGCUGUUUUUGUAUCACUAAGGUGUUAACAAACACUUCACUCUAAGCUAACAAACUUCCAGAAUUUGUAAUACAAGCUAAUCUGAUUAAAUCCAAACCUUCUGUUUUCUGAAUAUAUCCUUCUGUGUCAUCAUAGAUCCUUAUCAGAUCCGACAUCCUUUUCAUGGAUUAUCAUGAUUAUCUUGGACCACAAGAAGGUGAUAAUAUCUAUUUUCUUAUCACUUCAUAUUAAUAUCAUGAUGGAUAUCAUUUUACACUGAUUUAUAAAGUUUUCUCCAUUUUCAAUAUUUUGGUGUCAUGUUUUCGUUAUCAUUGCACCAUUUGCAAAGCUGGCCACAUGUGGAUCCCUGUGAUUGUUUACUUGGGCAUGGUAGAUUUUCUUUGGGGUGCCCCUUCAUUCAUUUGUUCCUACAAAGAUGCUGACCAUGGCAUCCAUGGCACUUUUAGUUGAUGUGGCCCUUUCAAGUGGGUCCAUCUAUAAUUUUGGGGAAGUGGGGGGUUUCUGCUGCGUUCGGUAGACGAGCGCAUCAUACAGUGAAGGGUCAGCAAACUACAGCACGCCUACCACACACACCUCACAUGGAGAGGGGCCCUUGAAAUUUUUCUGGUGCCCUUUUGACCCAACAAGGCAUCCUCCACAAACCUCAUCACCUUUGAAUGAGAACCAAACCCAACCCUUAAUCAUUUAAUGGAAUUUGAGGUCUGCCCCAGCAACUAUUUCAACCUUGUCACCAAAAUCUAACAAAAACACUACAUCUCUGACUAAUCUCCACAAUUCAAAAAUAUAUUGCAUACUGUCUUAAUCACAAGAAAACACAACAUACAAUGUCCUGUCAGAAGGCCUUCUUGUUAAGAUAAGGUUGGCAGCUCUGACAUAUAUAUCUUGGUAGAAAUUGGAAGAUUUUCCUGGACCUUUUACCCACAGGGUGAAGCAAGUCAUGCCAUCUUCCAUCUAAAAGCUUCACUUCACAUUAGUUCCUCCCAAGGACAGGCACAGAAAUCUACUCAUUUUAGUGGAAAAUUAGGUUAUGCAGAGCCAGACACCUACUCACAUAAAAGCCAUGGCCACUCCCACUGGUAGCUACAAAAAGCCUACUAAUAUUAACAUUGGAAUGCACUCAUGUAAUCACCCAAGGAUGACAUAAACCUUCAUGAUCUUAGAGUGCUGAUGAGACACACACCUCAAACGUCUAGGUUAGCAGACAGAAAAUUUUCAUAUCAAGAUUCUGUUCUCAAAAUCACUCGAGGUAUUUACAGCCUUUGGAAACUAGAGGUUCGCAUGAACUUCUUCCACCUGCAAUCGCUGUGCCUGAAGCAAAUGUCCACAACAUCCCACAUGGAUUGUACUGAUAAGAAAGAAGAAAGAACGAUCUAAUUCCCCAUGGGUUUUUAGCAUUUACAGCGACAGCAGCAACACCAUCAACUACAGCCAUGAAAUUUACUCAUCAGCUAUUGCCACCAAAACCAGUAGCUCAUAAAACAUUUUGAGCUUAGAAGUAAUGAAAGAACAAAUCUUUCUGCGUUCAUGACCAUGUUACUGGAAGCCAACAAAAGAAAAAAAUGAGGCAAGAAAA